CGAUAUCGGUGUUCUCCCUUCUGCACUUCAAGUAGCCCAGCACGUAUCUGAGACGGCACUCCACCCACCUAUUCCCCAGACCAUCGCGUCGACAGGCCGCGAUGACCCAAACAACCCUGCUUCAGUACGAAGCACCAUGGCCUGUGUAUGCGCUUGACUGGUGCAAGACCGCCGCGCCAGGACAGCAAAUACGACCCCGAUCAGCGUUCCGGCUUGGGAUCGCGUCGCUCACAGAGGACUACCGGAAUCGGAUAGCCAUCGUCGGGCUGCAAGACGAGCGCGUCCUGGUGGAGGAUGACUACACAGAAUACGCAGAUUUCGUCACUCUGGUGGAGGCUCAGCACGGAUAUCCGGCGACCAGUUUGCAAUGGCAGCCGGCGACGGCGGCCAACUACGCGUGGAGCCAGAAGGCUGCUGCCUCGGAGCUCCUGGCAACGACGGGCGAUGCGUUGCGGGUGUGGGAGUACUCCAGCGACGCGCCACAGACCCUGUCAUCGUUUGUGGGACGGCCGCCGACUUCGAGCGGGCAUCGGCUGGCGCUCAAAGUGGCUCUCUCUGGCCAAAGCAAGGUGCAGAGCCAGGGCACGGGCGCGCCGCUGACGAAUUUCUCCUGGAACGAGAAGUCUCCAAGCCUCGUCGUGACGUCCUCGAUCGACACGACGUGCACGGUAUGGAAUAUCGACACCCAAACCGCCAUCACGCAGCUCAUCGCACACGACCGCGAAGUAUACGAUGUCGCGUGGCUGCCGGGGUCGACGGACAUCUUCGUGUCGGUCGGCGCGGACGGCAGCCUGCGCGCGUUCGACCUGCGGAGUCUAGAGCAUUCCACAAUCCUGUACGAGACUCCGGCGCCGAAGAACGUGCCCCCGCCCCCUGCAUCUCCUUCGGCCUCCGCUCGCCCGCCCACAUCUCCGCUGCUCCGAAUAGCUUUCAAUCCUGCAGACUCAAACUACAUGUCGACGUUCCACAUGGACGGCUCUGACGUGCAGAUCCUUGAUAUGCGCAGCCCAGGUAUGCCCGUGAUGGAACUCAGGGGACAUCGCGCGCAGGUCAACUCGCUUGGCUGGGGCUCAACGACAAACCCUCUCUUGGCAACAGCAGGCGAUGACUGUCAACUAUUGCUUUGGGACCUAUCACCACAUACACAAGCCCCGCAGUCAUCGCCACGAAAUGCAAGUUCCGGUUUGAGCUCACCACGGCCAGACGUCAAAAAGCGAAUAAUCGCAGAUCCUGUCAUGGCGUACACCGGCGCACAUGAGAUCACCAACCUGGCGUGGUCACCACAAAUUGCGGGCAUGACGAUGAACACAGGACACUCGACUGCUCCUGGUGAAUGGAUUGCAGUCGCCAUGGGCAAGUCGAUCAAGGCACUGAAGGUAUAGACGGCGGACUAGUAUGUAGCUUCUGUGCCUUGCCUUACGAUGUACGGUGCUUCGUGCACCUUUGAGCUUGUCGGAUAUGCUGUAUGUAUGUAUUGAUAGUUCGCUUCUGGAGGCGUUUUAGUGG